UACGGUUAAGUCUACAAAGGCAAAUACAUAUUAGAAAAUGGACAAGAAACAGAAGUAGCUAUUAAAAAGUUGAGAAAAAAGCUACUUAAUAAUUAAUCUAUAAACGAAUAUUAUGAAAGAGAAAUAUAAAUAUCAUACCAAAUAUAAUAAUUAGUAUAAAAUAAUGCAAAUUUAGUAAAAUUACACGAAGUUGUUGUCAAUAAUGAAUAAAAUGAUUCUUAUAUUGUAAUGGAAUUAUGUGAUUAAGAUAAUUUAUUAAAAUUAAAAUUAAAAUUUGGUAGGAUUUAAUGGCAAAUUGCUCUUCAGUAUAUUUUAUAAAUAGCCAAUGGUCUUUAAACUUUACAUGAUUUUAAUAUUACACACAGAGAUAUUAAAUUGGAAAAUAUUUUCCUUAAAUAUGACUAUUAAUCAAAUAAAUAUAUUGUUAAAUUAGGUGAUUAUGGAUUAAUGACAAAUAAUGAUUUAAAAGUAAAUUUUUUUUUUUUAAUUUUAUAUUUAAAAAAGGUUUCAAAAGUUGGUACUAUUACUAAUAUGGCACCUGAAAUGCUUUUGUUAGAACCUUAAAAUCAAAUAUAUACUCAUAAAGUAGAUAUAUGGGCUGUAGGAUGCAUUUUACAUGAAUUAAUUGUAGGAGAAAAAAUUUUUCAGGAAAAUAAUCCGAAUAUUGUAAGAAUAAAUAUUCUAAAUUUUAAGAGUUAUAAAGAUUUUUGGAAGGAAAAUAUGUUUUAGGAAUUGGUGCCUGAAAAUAUAGCUGAUUUAUUAGAUAAUAUGAUUUAGUAAAAUGUUGCUUAGAGAUUUAAUGCCAAUGAAUUAUAUAUUGCGAUUUUUUAAAUAUUAUAAAUGACACCAAAAUAUAGUUAUUAUAGUUAAACUGAAAAUAAUAAUUUAGAAUUUGUUGAUUAAAAUUAAUAUUUUAAUAAUCAAAAAGUUUAUUAUGAGAAAAUAAAGAAUAUUUCUUUAGAAUUAUAAUCAAAUGAAGUAAUAGAACAAUAAAUUAGUUUUUAAU